ACCAAUGGAUAAACAAUUUUUUUUGGAAAUGAAACCACUAGAGUAUAUGCAAAGGACGUGGAAAGCGUAGCACCCACCGACUCACCCUGCCGACACUAAAACUCUGGGAAAACCAGUGAGAUGAGAGUUUUAUGAUUGUUAAAUGAAACUUGAAAUUGCAAUAUCCCUCUCCUUUGCUUGCCUUGUCACUUUGGGGUGUUAGUUAACGAAAAAACGAUGAGGUUUUUCCUUCACAACCACCCACAAUUAAUGGCGAUUACCAUGAGACUCCAAUCAUUUGCUUCUGCUCAGAAAUGGGAAGGUGGGGUUUCAAUGGUUCAAGGAGCUUCUCGAGGAAUUGGUCUCGAAUUUGUUAAACAACUGCUGGAAAAGAAUGGAAAAGGGCAUGUUAUUGCCACGUGUCGUAAUCCUACUAAGGCAACAGCGCUUCUUGAAUUAAAAAAUCAGUUUGCUGAACGCCUUAAUGUCUUACCAUUGGAUGUGACUGUUGAAAGUACUAUAGAGGAGUCAGCAAGGUCCAUAACAGAAAGAUAUGGCUCUCUUAACCUUCUCAUUAAUGCAUCAGGCAUUCUUUCAAUACCCAGUGUUCUGCAACCAGAAACUACACUGAGCAAAGUACAGAAGUCAUCCAUGAUGCUUGCUUAUGAGGUUAAUGCUGUGGGUCCUAUUUUAGUUAUCAAGCAUAUGUGGCCUCUUCUGAAAGUUGGAGGACUGCUUGGCACUGACAGGGAUGUUGCAGUUGUGGCAAACAUAAGUGCCAGAGUCAGUUCCAUUGGUGACAAUCGUCUAGGGGGCUGGCAUAGUUAUCGCUCUUCAAAGGCUGCACUUAAUCAAUUGACAAAAACUAUUUCGGUUGAAUUUGAAAGGAAGAAAGACCCAAUUGCAUGCAUUCUUUUGCACCCAGGCACGGUGGAUACUGAUCUAUCGAGGCCAUUCCAAAGAAAUGUUCCUGCGGAAAAGCUUUUCGCCAAAGAGUUCUCCGUGCAAAAGCUCUUAAACAUUAUUAACAACGCAAAACAACGGGAUAAUGGUAAGUUUUUUGCUUGGGAUGGUCAGGAAAUUCCUUGGUGAUUUACGAAUUUCAUUUUGAGAUUAUAAAGUUUUUAUUUGAAUAUAGCCAAAAAUAAAAAACAAAGGAUCAAAAUAUGUACGUGGAGAAGUUAAUUUCAGAAUAGAGGCAACUUGAUAAUGGAACUUUAACACCCAAGAAAAUUUAGUGAGACAAAACAUUGAUUACGUGCCCUUUAAUGACAAGAUCACGUAAUCGAUACCUUUGAAUACUUUCAAAUGUUUUGUUCAGCAAAUUAUCACUGAAAUGAAUUUGUUGAAUUUUUACAUGACCCUUUUUACAUACAGUUCAAUUGAGCUAUAUUUAUUGCAUUAUCUUUAUAUAAGAUAAUUUAUAUAUUUUUUCCCAAAUACACUCUCGGCUUGUCUUAUGUAUUACAAUUAUUUUUGCAUGAUUUGAAGAAGUAACAACUAAUCUCAAUUAAUAGAUAUAUUGAUUCACUUAGAAUAAAAUAAUUUCAUUCCAAUGUUUCCUUUAAGGUAUCUAAAUAUAUGUUUAAUUUCAUUCAAAUGUCUAUAUAGGAGAAGACCUAAAUCUUGUUAACAAAUUCACAUCGAAUGUUAUGUCAAGUCGUGUAAUGUUUGCAAGGUACAUUGAUGUCCUUAUGACACUUGGAUAUAAUACUCCAGUUUUAAGAGAUUGUUUUCGUGAAA